GGUAGCUGAUGGUGUAGUAUAUUUGUUGCAAGAAAUUUAUGGAAUUGAAAAUAAAGAACAUGAUCUUGGUGAUGAAAAUGGAUCCGAAUGCAUCAUUUGUAUGUCUGAUAUUCGUGAUACUGUUAUUCUCCCUUGUAGGCAUUUAUGCAUUUGUAAUGGAUGCGCGGAAACAUUGAGGUAUAAGUUAAAUAAUUGCCCCAUUUGUCGUUCUCCAUUCCGCGCACUGUUACAGCUGAAGACGAUGCGUGUUGUUAGCACGGUUUCAAUAACUGACCAGUCACCGUCUUCUCAACAAACUCGUUCACAAACUAGAUAUGAGACAAUGACGUUAGUAGAAGCACUUAAUGGACCUAUCAGCCACAUACAGUCCUGCGUAGUACCAACUGCUCCACUUGGCUACAACAUCGAUGCUCCCCAUGAAGUUUCUACAUCCCUCAAUUCAAAAGUCACACGACGUUCCUCACGAUCUUCAGUCGCUAUACAGCAGGUGCUUACGUUAAACAACCAGAGCCGGAACAAGAAAGAUAGCACCGUUUGCAUAGAAAUGAAAUGUGCCAAUGAAUUCAAGAAUGAAGAGGAAAUGUCAAAUGGCUGUUCGACAAGUCGUUGUCCUGACUCCCCAUCCGAUAUUCCAUAUUCAUCGGUUUUUUCAUAUGGUCGACGUUACAGAAAACAGCAAACUAUGUCACCGCGGCAUAACCGAAAAGGUUCCAUUAAAAAUGUUGCUCAAGAAAAUGCGCCGAAUGAACUUGCCAAAAAUUCCGAUGACGUUGCCACAGCAAAGGAUUCAUAAUUCUAAACCGUUGAAAAUUCAGUAAUUCUUUCCCGUCGCACCUUUAUUUCAUUAUUUCUUUUAUGUACAUGGCUUCCUGCGUUGCUGUACUGCUGCUAAAUCACAAUUGCCAUUUCGUCUUUUCGUUCUGUUUUCUUUUUUCAUCUCAACAAUGUUCUUUCUCAGAAAGCAAUUUGAAAGGUCCUACCAAGUGAUGCAUUUAUGUAAAUGGCUGAAAUUGCACUUAUGCUAGUUUUGUAUUCUUAUCUCAUUAUGCUGUUAUUUUUUUUUUUUU